AUGGCAGCACCUGAGGACGUUUAUUCAUCAAUACCUCUUAAUGAACGAGCAACACAUAAGAUUUGGAAAGUUCGGGUUGAAGCUUAUGAAGAACUUGCCAAAUUAUUUAAAAAUUCAGAUAGCGAAAGCGACUUUAGGUUUUAUGAGGGCUUAAUGAAAAACAUUGCGACAGACUCUAAUGCCGUCGCUCGAGAAACUGGUUUAACGACAUUGAAUGCAUUUGUUGAUAACGCACCAAAUCCAUUGAGGAUCAGGGCUUCUAUUAUACAGGCCGUUGUUGAUAAGAGUUUCGGCUCAAGCCGUUCUGGAACAAAAUCUAAAGCAAUAGAACUCAUACUGUUAUAUAUAGAAGUUGAUAUACCAGAUCCUAUAGUGGAAGUUGUCCUUGCUGGAUUAAAUGCCAAACAACCUAAAUUGGUUGCCACAGCUGUUCAUGCACUUAAGGAGAUAAUUAGACUUUACGGUGCAAAAACAGUGAAUGUUAAGCCUAUUCUCAAAACUAUACCAAAAAUAUUUGCACACACGGAUAAAGAUGUGAGAAGUGAGGGAACACAAUUAGUAAUAGAACUUUAUAGGUGGUUGAAUAAAGCAAUAGUUCCACAUUUAUCAGAAUUAAAGCCAGUACAGAUCAAAGAAUUGAAUGAGACAUUUGACAAAUUACCACAAGAAAAACCUAAACAGGAACGAUUAUUACGUUCACAAGUAGCUGCAGCAGAGGCAGUGGCUGAAGCUGAUGGAGGUGAUGAAGCUGAAGCAGACGAGGAGAAAGAGAUUGAUACAUAUGAUUUAGCAGAACCAGUUGAUGUUCUAUCAAAAUUGUCCAAGGAAUUCUAUACUGGAUUGGGUUCUACCAAAUGGAAAGAAAGGAAAGAAGCUCUGGAGGGUUUAUUAGAAGUCUGUAAGACACCGAGGAUCGUGGAUGAUAAUUAUUAUGAUUUAACCGCUGCCCUUGCAAAGCGUAUGUCAGAUUCCAAUGUUCUAGUAGUUACAAUCGCAGCUAAUAUAAUAGAAUCGUUGGCCUUGGGUUUACGUGAAUCUUUUGCAAAAUAUAAAUCAACGGUAGUAGGUCCCAUGAUAGAAAAACUUAAAGAAAGGAAACAAACUGUAGUUGAUGCUUUGGCAUCGGCGCUAGAUGCCGUAUUUUUAAGCGUUACAAUAUCUGACGUUUCUGAGGACAUAUUGGCGGCCGGAAAACACAAGAACCCACAAGUUAAAUCAGAGUCCAUGAAAUGGCUUGUCAGAUGUAUAAAAAAUACUAAAAUUGCACCACAAAAGGCUGAAAUCAAAUCUUUAACUGAAAUGAUGGUGAAGGCUUCUGAGGACAGUUUUGAACCUGUUCGUAAUUCAGCAUUUGAAGGAUUGGGAACAAUGAUGAAAGUCAUUGGUGAGAAUGCGAUGAACACUUUCUUGGAAGGGAUUGACGAUAUAAAAAAGGGAAAAGUCAAAGAAAGUUAUGAAAAGGCCGAAGUUAAAGUAAAAUUUACUGCUACGAAAAAGCCUCCACCUCCAGCCAAAGCAGAUGCGCCCAAAAAAAAAUCCUAUGGAAAACCUGUGCCAAGACAAACUAGAUCUGCAACUAAGAAGGCUGCUGAAAAAUCCGCCCUUGCGGCAAAACCAGGAGGUCCUCCGAAAAAAGCUUCUACAAAGAAGAAUGAAAAAGUGAAGGAAGAAGUUAUCAAAUACAAGUUUACUAGCGAAGAAGUUGAGUCCAAGUUUGCUGAAUUGAUUUCUGACGAUCUGAUUACCGGAUUGAGUGAAAAGAAUUGGAAAUUACGUUUGGCAGCUAUUGAGAAUCUUCUAAUAACGUUGGAAAAGAUGGAUCCAUCUGAAGUAGAAGCGGAGUUGUUUAUCAGAUUUCUUUCUAUUAAACCUGGCUGGAAAGAAAGCAAUUUUCAGAUUUUAUCAAAAGCAUUUAAUAUAAUGGAGAUACUUUGUCAAAAGGUUCCGUCAUUUGGAAAACCAGCGGCAGCAUUAGCAAUACCACUAUUGAUAGAAAAGUUGGGUGACAUUAAAUUAAAGAAAAGCGCAGGAGACGCAUUAACGGCUUUUUCCGAAAAAAUAUCCUUACAAUUUGUAAUUUCUCAAGCAUAUGACCCAUUACGUAAAGCAAAAACACCUAAGACAUUAGCUGAUAGUUUAACAUGGAUGCAUGGUGCUAUUAUGGAGUUUGGAAUAACAGCUCUUCAAGUGCGCGAGCUGAUUGAAUUUCUCAAAUUCGCAUUAAGCAGUCAUAAUGCGGCUGUUCGCACAAAUGCUGUCAUCGUUUUGGGAGCUUUGCGCGUUUUUGUGGGACCAGCCGCAAUUGACAGUGAAUUUGAGAAAGUAGCUGACGAAGCACCACCGAAAGCAUUAAAAACAAGCGUCGAUGUUAUAAGCAAGGGUGGUAGUGGGAAAGAUUCUUUAGAAGAAUUGUUUCCUAAAGUUGAUGUUAGCGCACAAUUUACUAGUAAAAUGAUGGCUGAAUGCAACGAUGAUAAAUGGAAAGUUCGAAAGGAUGCACUCAAUCAAGUUCUUGCUAUUGUUGAUGCUAACAAGAAAAUUAAACCGAACUUAGAUGACUUCAUUCCUAUUCUAAAAGAGAGGCUAUCAGAUAGUAAUAAAAACUUGCAAAUGAUGGCUUUGGAUAUAACUGCCAAGCUUGCUACUGCGAUGGGAAAGUCAUUUGACAGACAUAUUAUAAUAUUAGUGGCGCCAAUCAUUGCUGUUCUUACAGAUAAAAAAGCAACAGUUCGUGGUAGUGCUAUUGGAACUUUGGAUGCUUUAGCGAAUGCUUGUGGGCUCGAUCCUUUAAUUGGUUCAUUUUCAACAAGUCUUGCAACAGAGAAUCCUUUAUUAAGAAAAGAUCUAUUGAGUUGGCUCUCUGAACGCCUCAAAGAAUAUGUAGAGUGUGAUAAAAAGAAUGCGUUACCAGAUUUGUCACCCAUGGUUCAACCAAUUCUAUCUUGCUUACAAGAUCGGAAUGGUGAAGUUAGAAAAGCCGCACAGGCUUGUUUAGGAGCUAUAAUAAAAAGUGCCGGAUACGAUCACGUGGUAGCAAGAUGUGGUGAUUUGAAAGGUGCAGUAAAACCGACAAUUAUGCCGACGAUAGAAGCCUUUCGACCAACAGGCCCUAGUGGCCCUGCUGCAAGGAGGGUUGCUAAAAAGGCGGGCCUAAAAUCUCGACUUGCUGCACUAUCAGGCAAGGAUAAAGAUGAUGAAAUAGAUGGUGAUGUACCAGCGAAAUUGUCACCAGGAUUAUUAUCAGCCAAUUCAACAUUUAAUAAACCUACUGCAUUAUUAGCAAGUCCAUUAUCUACGACAAAUCCUAAUGCAUCGAGUAUACCUACAAGUGGACCACCCUCUUUAUUAGCACAACCUAGUGGUAUUAGUAGGAUCCAGUCACCUUCUCAAAGAGGUGGCAAUCCAGGGUUACUACCUCUGUCAAGACGUCCUAGUGUGAAUGACGGUUCCAUGGAUGAGAAUGAAACUAAGAAAGAUAUGUCAAUUGAUAAUUCAGAACAUUACAUAUCAGAUAAUAAUGAAAUAAAUGAUGUUCCGCAUUAUCCGGGAUUACCUCCUGCUAUACAGCGAACAUCUAAGCGCGGUUCUGUUUUAAUGGUUGAGAUUAUCAUAAUUAAAAUUAUGAGUACGGAGUUUCAACAAAGUAUAGAGGCAUUGAAAGAGUUGGACAAACAUUUGAACACUUUUCCUGAAUCCAUUAUUCCUGAUGUAGAUGGACUCGUAAAUGCUUUAGCAUUCCAAGUUCGAAUUUCUUAUACACAGCUUCAACAACAAUCACAGAGUUUAAUUCGACUUUGUAAUCCUCUUGUCAACGCUUUAGUACUAUUAUUUUCAAAUAAGAAUUUGGCAUUAGCUGUGUCUCAAGAUUCACUUAACCGUUUAUUAUCUGAGCUAGCACAUCGUUUGUUAGAUCCUAACCUUUUAGUAGUGGAUGGUGGUCAACAAUUAUCAAAAGCGCUUAAUGUCUCAAUGGUUAAGGUACUUGAAAAUAGUAAUCGUAACAGAACGUAUAGUGCUCUAAUUUCAAUACUAGAAAAAUCAUCAUAUAAUUUGCGUGAGGUUGAUGCGGCCACUGCUACCACACAAACAAAGCUUACUGAACUAAUUAUGAAAUGUUUAUGGAAACUAGCAAAGACACUUCAAGAUAAUUUGAAGGCUGGUAUCCUUUCACCGAAUCAAUUAUUACGUGAUAUCAAUAGUUUCUUUUUAGCAACGCCACCAGCUGAAUGGAAAAGACGAGCAGCAGAAAAGGUGCCACUAGGCGAAAUUCCUUUACGUACAAUUAAAACAUUGUUACUUGAAUUGGUAACAGGUCUUGGUGAUAAUGUAUACGAACAUUUAGACCUUAUUGAAGAUCCUCAAAGUAGUUAUAUUUAUCCUUAUUUACAUCAUAUGAUCGAGGCUACUAAGAAGGAUAAGCUAGCUAGCAAUUCAACAAUCGCUUACAAUGAUAUAUCAGGUUGUUCAUCUUCAAUGUCAUCAGGCCGAUCUUUUGGUUCAUUUAGUUCAUCCGGUUCCGACUCGACAUAUGCCUCUACAGAUACUGCAAGAACUUCACUUUUGAAUGAAGCUUCGAUUAGGAAUAAUCCACUGGCAAGAAAUUCUCCAUCAGCUAGAAGUUGUCUACCAACUAGAAGUUCUCCUGUACCCGAAGUUCCUAGUCAUAUUGAAACAAUGUCAAAUGCUUCAGAUCCAGUAAGCCCAGCGUCAUCACACACUCCAAUGACUCCGAAAUUCACUACAUCAGUUGGUAGUGCAUGUUCAUUAGAUUCAGAUGAAGAAAUGAAUACACGGCUAACUCAAAUUUUCUUUAAAAUUGGAACGAGAGAAGAUACAAAAAAGGGUAUAUAUGAAUUAUAUGAAUUUCAAAAACAACACCCUGAUAUGAAAGGCAAGAUAGCAACACAUUUAUCUAGGACAGGCCCAUAUUUCCAAAGUUAUAUUCGCCGUGGACUUGCCAACAUUGCUAUAGAAGAAGAGGAAAUGGAUAAAGAAAGAGCUAAUCUAUUUCCUCAAAAUUCAAACAAUUAUGAUAAUACGGAGGAUAAUAUAG